AUGUCUCCCUCUACUGAUCGCAAACGCGCUGUGCGCAUCGCAGGAUGCUCUGGUGGCUUCACGGACCGUUCUCUUGCCAUCACACGUAUGGCUGGCGACCCAGAAGUUGAUGUCGUAAUGGGCGAUUGGCUAUCCGAAAUGACUAUGACUGUACACGGUAGUGGAAAAGUAAAGCAAAAGUCUACGAAGAACAACAACGGCACUAUGAGUCUGGAGGAGCGUAAGAAGAGCGCCAUGUACGCUGACACAUUUAUUCAAUGCUUUGAACCGGCAGUAUCAAACCUGGUCAAGAACAAGACGAAGCUUGCUGUGAAUGCCGGUGCUUCAGACACUGAACUUCUCGCUGAAGUUGUAGUGGAUAUACUGGAGAAGCAGGGCGCUAGUCAUCUCAAAGUAGCAUGGAUCGAAGGCGAUGAUGUGACGGGACAGGUCAAUAGUCUGAUCAAGAAGGGGGAGAAGUUUGAAAGUUUGAUGCAUGGCAAGAAGCUCGAGGAGUGGGGGAUGGAACCCGUGUGCGCUCAGGCGUAUCUGGGCGGUCUUUGCAUAGCAGAAGCUUUCAGACAAGGCGCCGAUGUAGUGCUCGCUGGAAGAGUUGCGGAUGCUGCGCCAGUCAUCGGUGCUGCGGCGUGGUGGCAUGACUGGAAGAACGACCAGUUUGAUGAACUUGCUGGAGCGCUCAUCGCUGGCCAUCUAGUUGAGUGCUCAGCCUACGUCACAGGAGGAUACUACUCGAUGUUCAAAGAUCUCAUGAAGACAGGCAAGCAUAUCAACAUGGGCUUUCCUAUCGCAGAAGUAGAGUAUGACGGCAGCUUCAACAUUGCGAAAGAGAAGGAUACUGGAGGUUGCGUCACUGUCGGCACAUGCACUUCGCAGCUGCUGUAUGAGAUACAAGGACCACUGUACUACAACUGUGAUGUCACAGCUGAUAUCACGGAUGUCAAGAUGGAGCAAGUAGGAGAGGACCUAGUACGUGUUACGGGGGUGAAAGGCUUUCCUCCACCACCUACGACUAAGGUUGGUAUCACUGCCCCAGCCGGCUGGCAAUGCGAGUGGCAUAUGUUUGUGUGUGGUCUCGAUAUAGAGGAGAAGUGCAAAAUCACCGAAGAUCAGAUUCGAUACGCCAUGGGAGACAACGUCAACCGCUUCAAAACGCUCAGAUUCCAUCAGAACGGUUCAUCACCAAUCGAUGCACACAACCAGGACGUAGCAACGGUCGACUUCCGGAUCUUUGCUCAAACCUCUGAUCCCGAGUUGGUAAGGCCAGACGUACCCAACGGAUUCAAUCGCUGGUGUCUUGAAGUUUUCCUCCAAUCAGCUCCUGGUCUCUCGCUUUCCAACGACCUGCGGCAGAUUGCGCCGAAACCAUAUUAUGAUUACUGGGUUUCACUUCUCCCUCAAGACCAACUGCCGUUGCGCAUACAUGCCAUGUACGGCGACAGAACAGUCACCAAUCUCAGUCCACCUAAGAUCACGAAAGAGUAUCCGCGCCAGCAGGCCUCGUAUGAGACCUCGUCGCCAGUCGAGCUUUCUUCGUUCGGUGAAACGGUUCGCGCACCGCUGGGUUACAUCGUCGCCGGCCGGUCUGGUGACAAGGCAUCAGACUGCAACUGCGGGUUUUUUGUCCGCUACGAUGAUGAAUGGGAUUGGCUGCGCUCUUUCAUGACGAUCGAGCGUGUCAAAGACCUUCUCGGGAAGCAUGAGUAUAGCGGCAAGCCGAUUGAUCGCUUUGAGAUUGCAGGGAUUCGAUCAGUGCAUUUCUUGCUGCAUGACCACUUGAGAGAUGGGGGUUACAAUACGUGUUCUUCAUAUGAUACUUUGGGAAAGAAUGCUAUGGAGUAUAUGCGUGCGAAGACUGUAGAUUUGCCGAAGAAGUUCUUGGAUCGUGGCCGUAUCUAA